AUGAUCGCUGACUUGAUCGCCGAAGGAGACCACGAUGGGUAUACGGCCUUGAUCAAGGCGGCGAUCCCCGUGACGUGGGGGCAGGCCAUGGAAGUUCCCGAGAGGAUGUUGAAGCUCAUCUGCUGGGCGGCGGGCGACCAAGCUGCCAAGAUGUUCAGCCCGGGGGCAGCAACAUCCGGCUGCAAGAGAAAGGAACAUCGGCGAAGAACUCCUUGGAAAUAA